AGGUGCUUGCUAUACUGGAGAGUAGGUUUCAUUAAAAAGAAUGGUCUUCUGCAGUCAUAAUGUACUUGCUUUUCAGGAAAGAAAUCCAGCCUCACUGAGGACAUUGAAGCAGAAGGAGGGGCAGUUGCUUUUUCAGAGAAGAAAGGAAACUCAUGCAUCAGAAAAGGUGACUAAGAAACAUACUGAAAGAAUAUGGCUGCACAGAUACCAGAAUCUGACCAAAUAAAACAGUUUAAGGAGUUCCUGGGAACCUACAAUAAACUUACAGAGACCUGCUUUCUGGACUGUGUUAAAGAUUUCACGACAAGAGAGGUGAAGCCUGAAGAGGUCACCUGUUCAGAACAUUGUUUACAGAAGUAUUUAAAAAUGACACAGAGAAUAUCCAUGAGAUUUCAGGAAUACCAUAUUCAGCAGAACGAAGCCCUGGCGGCCAAAGCAGGGCUCCUGGGCCAACCUCGGUAGACUGUC